ACUAGUUCUCGACGGACCAUUGACGUCGUCAGGAGCUCUCCGUGUAUACGCAGAAAAUUCGAGGUGUUGGCUGUUCUUCAGAACACAAUUACAGAACCAAGCUCGAAACUGGUACGGUUCCCUCGCCUCUCGGUGUCUUAUCAGGCAGGGAAGAUCCUGAAGCACAACCGAUGAAUAUGCAAGUGUUCUUGCAGCUUGGACUCGGUCUCGUAUUGCUUGCAGCACAGUAUGCACCUGGAAUUGCGGUUCCUAGUUCAGAUUGCCGAAGGCAGUGUGGUACCAUUGAGAUACCGUACCCAUUCGGUAUCGACCCGGGCUGCUCGCUCGCAGAAGGCUUCGACCUCAGUUGCAAGGUCCAAGAUGGCGUCCAAAAGCCGUUCAGGGGUGCCUUUGAGGUGCUCGACAUUUCUUUGACUCAAGGCACGGCCCGGGUGCUUAAUUACACCCUAGGGUACUGCUACAACACCUCCAUGGAGUAUUUUGGCCGAUAUGCGGGGUUCAACGAAGGAGAUCCUUCUUCUCCCUACCGGCUCUCCGACGUCCAGAACAGGUUCACGGUCAUCGGGUGCAACGCCCUCGUCUUGAUAUACGACUAUGAUGCCACAGGCUACCAGGGCUUGGGCGUCGCAACAUGCCGCAAUUUGUCUGACUUGGUGGACGGAUCCUGCUCCGGCAUGGGCUGCUCCCAGACUGCAAUACCAAAGAGGAUGUACUACUACGACAUAGCCUUCGCCGAAGCGGUCAACACAACUGAAACUUGGGAGUUCAACCGUUGUAGCUAUGCGGUACUGAUGGAGGCCGCGGCGUUCAAGUUCAGCACUGCAUACGUAAACACAAAUAAGUUCAAUGAAACAUAUGAUGGACGGGUGCCAAUGGUUCUUGACUGGGCUAUGAGAGAUGUGAAGUCAUGUGAUGCUGCAGAACAGAAUAAGACCGGCACUUAUACAUGCCUCAGCAGCAACAGCAAAUGCGUGAAUUCCACCAAUGAUCAAGGUUACAUGUGUAAUUGCACCGAUGGUUAUGAAGGCAACCCUUAUCUUCGAGAUGGAUGCAAAGAUGUUAAUGAAUGCAAUCACAACCCAUGCCCUUCAGAUGGUUUUUGUCGCAAUAUCGUUGGAGAAUACCAGUGUUCUUGUGGACUUGGGAAAAAAUAUGUCAAAGAAAGCAAUACAUGCAACGCUAAUAUUGUCUUAACAAUAGGAGUUGCAAUGGGAAUAUUCGGCCUAAUGGUUAUCAUCAUGUUCACUGUUUUUGGCGGGCAGAUUAUAAUGCAAAAGAGAAAAUUGCAAAAAGUUAAGCAGGAGUACUUUCAUCAGCAUGGAGGCUUGCUUUUGUUUGACAAGAUGAAAUCAGAAAAGGGUCUUGCUUUCAAUGUAUUUUCAGAAGCUGAACUCAUACAUGCAACUGACAACUUCGACAGUAGUAGGAUACUUGGAAAAGGAGGCCAUGGAACCGUCUAUAAAGGGAUACUAAAGAACAUGUCUGUUGCAAUUAAAAGAUGUGCAAUAGUUGACGAAAGACAAAAGAAGGAAUUUGGCCAGGAGAUGCUUAUUUUGUCCCAAAUAAAUCACAAGAACAUUGUCAAACUCUUGGGUUGUUGCCUUGAGGUGGAAGUUCCAAUUCUAGUAUAUGAGUUUGUCCUAAACGGUACACUAUUCGAGCUUAUCCAUGGCAAGAACCAAGCAUUGCAAAUAUCGUUCAACACUCUCUUAAGGAUUGCUCAUGAAGCAGCCGAAGGACUCAACUUUCUGUAUUCAUAUGCGUCUCCCCCAAUAAUUCACGGUGAUGUAAAAACUUCCAACAUCCUGCUCGAUGAUAACUAUAUGGCCAAAGUGUCAGACUUUGGAGCUUCCAUACUAGCACCAUCUGACAAAGAGCAGUUUGUCACAAUGGUUCAAGGUACUUGUGGUUACCUUGACCCCGAAUACAUGCAAACAUGUCAGUUAACAGACAAAAGUGACGUAUACAGCUUCGGAGUUAUCCUUUUAGAGAUCCUCACAGGCCAGUUGCCAUUGAAGCUCGAGGGGUCUGAAAAGCAAAGAAGCUUGUCAUUGAUUUUCCUAUCUGCUAUGAAGGACAAUAAUCUAGAUUCUGUGUUGGUGAGUCACGUGAAAGGUCAAGAGAGCAUGGAGUUACUGAGAGGACUUGCAGACCUAGCUAAAAAAUGCUUAGAUAUGUGUGGUGAAAAUAGGCCAUCUAUGAAAGAGGUCGCCGAUGAGCUCAAUAGAUUGAGAAAACUUUCAUUACAUCCUUGGGCACGACUCGACGUCGAGACGGAUGCUGAAAACCUUCUCGGAGGAGAAUCUACUAGUGGGUAUGAAAUAGAAUUAAGUGGGUAUCCUACGGGUGAAAGUGAGGACCUACCCAUAAACCCAAGAAGUUCAUAUUAUGCAAGGUGA